UCUAGCUCUUUGCCCUGUUUUCCCUUCCAGGAGUGCCUUUAAUUGAAGUAGGCCGUGCUGAGAACUUGCUCCGCUUCCUAGUGAUCAGCCACUCCAUCCAGUUGAUAUAAGGAUGGUGCUGGAGCUCUACCUGGACCUUCUAUCCCAACCCUGCCGGGCUGUUUACAUCUUUGCCAAGAAGAACAACAUUCCCUUUGAGCUAAAAAAUGUGGAGCUGUUCAGAGAUUCUAUCCUGGGGACCAAGGUACCUGGAGCAAAUGCCGAAGGGGGGGCAACACCCCCAUCAGGAUCACAGCACAAGGUGAGCAUGAGGGUGAAGAAAGUUCCUAUCUUGAAGGAUGAGACUUUCAUCUUGGCAGAAGGCACGGCCAUCCUUCUGUAUCUGAGUCGCAAGUAUAACACCCCAGAUCACUGGUACCCAUCUGACAUACAGAAACGAGCAAAGGUGGAUGAAUACCUGUCAUGGCACCAGGCUAGCAUUCGAUCCAAUGCUCCCAAGACAAUGUGGAUUAAGGUGCUCAUCCCUCUGCUCACGGGCCAGCCGCUCUCUCCAGAGAAACUGCAGGAGGUCCUGGAUGGGCUGGCAGCUUCUUUGAACCAGUUUGAGGAGCUGUUUCUCCAGGACAAACCUUUCCUGGUGGGAAGCGAUGUCUCUCUUGCAGACCUGGUGGCCAUUGCCGAACUCAUGCAGCCUGUAGGUGUAGGAUGUGACAUUUUUAAGGACAGGCCCAAACUGGCAGAGUGGCGCAACAGGAUGGAAGACGUUAUUGGAAAGGAACUCUUCCUACAAGCUCAUGAAUUGAUCCUGAAUAUUAGAAAACUGAGCACCAUCCAGAUUGACCCACAGCUGAAGGAGCAGCUGGCCCCCGUUUUGUUAAAGAUGCUAAAAUGAGUAAAAGAAUUUCAAAAGAGAA